GGCUGGGUCAGCUGAGGGACAGUCACGGGACCGGGAUCUGCUCCCUCAGGCUUCCUGGAGGAGAGGGAAGGAUAAGCGACGGUCUCCGAGUGUGGCAGGCCAGUGGAAAUGGAGAAGGAGAGAGAGACUCUGCAGGCCUGGAAGGAGCGUGUGGGGCAAGAGCUGGACCGGGUGGUGGCUUUCUGGUUGGAGCACUCCCAUGACCAGGAGCACGGGGGCUUCUUCACAUGCCUUGGCCGUGAUGGCCAGGUGUAUGAUGACCUCAAGUAUGUCUGGCUGCAGGGGAGGCAGGUGUGGAUGUAUUGUCACCUGUACCGCAGGCUUGAGCGCUUCCGCCGCCCUGAGCUUCUGGAUGCAGCUAGAGCGGGUGGCGAAUUUUUGCUGCAUUCUGCCCGAGUGGCACCUCCUGCAAAGAAGUGUGCCUUUGUGCUGACAAGGGAUGGCCGCCCGGUCAAGGUGCAGCGGACCAUCUUCAGCGAGUGUUUCUACACCAUGGCCAUGAACGAGCUGUGGAGAGUGACAGGGGAAGCACGUUACCAGAGUGAAGCAGUGGAGAUGAUGGAUCAGAUCAUACACUGGGUGCGUGAGGACCCUUCUGGGUUGGGCCGGCCCCAGCUCCCUGGGGCCCCGGCCACGGAGUCCAUGGCGGUGCCCAUGAUGCUGCUCAACCUGGUGGACCAGCUCGGGGAGGAGGACGAGGAGCUGGCGGGCAAAUACGCAGAGCUGGGGGACUGGUGCGCUCAGAGGGUCCUGCAGCACGUCCAGAGGGAUGGGCAGGCUGUGCUGGAGCAUGUGUCCGAGGAUGGGGAGGAACUUUCUGGCUGCUUGGGGAGACACCAGAACCCAGGCCACGCCCUGGAAGCCGGCUGGUUCCUGCUCCGCCACACCCACCGAAGAGGGGACCCCGCGCUCCGAGCCCACGUUAUCGACAAGUUCCUAUUGUUGCCUUUCCGCUCUGGAUGGGACCCUGAGCAUGGAGGCCUCUUCUCCUUCCAGGAUGCUGACGGCCUCUGCCCCACCCAGCUAGAGUGGGCCAUGAAGCUCUGGUGGCCACACAGUGAGGCCAUGAUUGCCUUCCUCAUGGGCUACAGUGAUGGCGGGGACCCCACCUUGCUGCACGUGUUCUACCAGGUAGCCGAGUACACCUUCCGCCAGUUUCGCGAUCCUGAGUAUGGGGAAUGGUUUGGCUACCUGAACCGAGAAGGGAAGGUCGCCCUCACUAUCAAGGGGGGUCCUUUCAAAGGCUGCUUCCAUGUGCCGCGGUGUCUCGCCAUGUGCGAGGAGAUGCUGAGCGCCCUGCUGAGCCGCCCUGCUCUGGCCCCGGCCCGCCCAGUCCCUGACCCCGCCCGCCGAGGCGCAGAAUAAAGCUGAGCCUGCUCCA